AUGGGCCAAUUAUAAACCUCUACAGAUAAGCAGUAAAGCAAAGUACUUUACUCAGUACCUGUAUCCUUAAAUAGCGUAUCUUAAUCUUCAAUUUACAGAAAUCCUUAGUCAACUGAGAAUCUUAUUAAUACUUUUGAUCCAAACAUUCUAACUCUUAAAGAUGCUUUCUUGAACAGUGUCAAGCAAUAUGAAAACAACAAUUUUUUAGGCAAAAAGGAUGCCAACAAGAAUGAAUAUAAAUGGUGGACAUACAAACAAAUACUUAAAAUGAGUGAAAAAGUAGGAAGUGCCAUUACAGAUAAGUGCUUAUUCAAUCAGAGUGAGGAUUUAAAUACUGUUGGUAUAUUUGCAAAGAACUGUUUAGAGUGGAUUGUGGUUGAGUAUGCAUGCAUUUUAUACAACUAUGCAUUGGUUGCAGUUUAAAAUAAUGCUAUUUCUCAUAUUGUUAAUGAAUGUAACUUAGAAACAAUCUUUUGCAGUGAGGAGUUGAUUCCAUAAAUUAUGGAUAUUGAUAAUGUCAAGACCAUUGUGUGUUUUUCAAAUUCAGACUAAUUUAAUGAAUCAUACUAUAAUUAGCUCAUGCUUAAAGGCAAAUAGCUGAUAUUUUUCAAGGACCUAUUGCUUUAAGAAGAAAUCCACCCUUAUGCCAAUAUUAAGCCAAGCACAAUUUACACUAUUUGUUAUACAAGUGGUACUACUACAACUACUCCUAAGGGUGCUAUGAUUACUCAUGCUAACUGUAUUUCAUCUCUAACCCCAUUUAAGAUAGCUAAAGAUUAAUAGCUAAAAAUAAAUUAGAAUGAUAUUUACUACAGUGUCCUUCCAUUAUCUCAUAUUUAUGAGCGUGAUGUAUGUUAAAAUAUGAUGGUAAACGGUGCAGGCAUAGGAUUUGCAUCAAAAGACUUAGCUUCUCAAAAGUUAGAUUUAGAAAUUCUCUAACCUACUAUUUAUUGCAGUGUCCCUCGUCUUUAUAAUAGAGUUUACCAAUCAAUUAAGGAUAAAAUCCAAAAUUUCGAUGAAGGUCUCUAUAAGAAAUUCUUUGAAUAUGCUUUGGACUUCAAGAUUUCCAGUUUAUGUUCAAGUGGAGAAAACUAUAAGAAUCCCAUUUUCGAUACUCUCAUCUUUAACAAAUUAAAAAAGACAUUUGGAGGUAAAACUAGAGUGCUUAUUUGCGGUGGUGCUCCCCUCAACGACAAAGUUUUAAAUUUUCUUCAAGCAGUGCUUUGUGUUCCUAUCAUAUAAGGAUAUGGAUAAUCAGAAAGCACAGGUGUUGCUCUAAGUACUGAAAUUGAAGAUAAUUAUCAUGGUACUGUAGGAGGUCCUAAAUGUAACAUGGAGUUUAAGUUAAUUGAUUGUCCUGAGUUGAAUUACAGUUGCAUGGAUUAAGAUUAAAAUGGUAGAUCAAAACCUAGAGGUGAGAUUUUGCUAAGAGGUGGUAAAAUAUUCAAAGGAUAUUUCAAAGAUAGAUCUGCAACUAAGAAAGCUAUUGAUAAAGAAGGAUGGUUGCACACAGGAGAUAUUGGUGAAUUAUAAUAGAAUGGAUCCCUCAAAAUAAUUGAUAGAAGAAAUAAUAUCUUCAAGCUCCCUAUCGGCGAAUAUGUGUCUCCUGAAAAAAUCGAAGGUAUUUAUUCUAUCCACCCUGCGAUAUCUGAAAUAUUCAUUUAUGGAAUGACUGAUAAAAAUUACUUAGUAGCAAUAAUUGUACCUGAAUUUUCUUACUUCUAAAAUAUACUUAAAUUAGAAAAUAUUAAUCAAAGCAGUGCUGAAUAUAUAGAAUUAGUCAAAAAAAAUCCUAUAAUUUAAAGAACUAUUUCUGAAGCUCUUUAAGAAGGAGAUAAAGAACUCAUUCCAUAUGAAAGAGUUAACCAGUUUAGAUUAGAACCUAAUUCUUUCUAGACUCUUAAUUUGUUAACAUCUACAGGAAAAAUAUAGAGAAGUAUUUGUGCUCAGUAUUUCAAGACUCAAAUAGAUGAGAUGUAUUAAUUUCAUGAAGUAAUUUGA